AUGAUUCGCCUGCGCAAGGGUUCUGUGCUGAACAUUCCUCGUGCGCUCAACUUCGACCGCUUCGUUGCUGGCCAGAUCCCGACGGGCUGGAGCGCGGAGCGUCUUGGUUUGUCAAAGGACCUUGCCGAUGCCGUGGACCCUAUUACGCUGUACGUGCUGGCAUCGACGAUGGACGCGUUUGUUGCUGCUGGUGUGACAGACCCGUACGAGUUCUACCAGUACGUGCACGUGUCGGAAGUCGGUAACACGUCCGGUGGUGGAAUGGGUGGUAUGCGAGCAUUCACGCAGAUCUACAAGAACCGCCUUCUUGGCAAGCCGGCUCCGAGUGACGCUCUGCAGGAGUGCUUCAUCAACACGCCUCCGGCAUGGGUGAACAUGCUGCUCUUGAGUUCUUCUGGCCCGAUCAAGACCCCAGUGGGUGCCUGUGCCACGGCUGCUGAGUCUGUGGACAUCGGUGCGGAGACGAUCAAGAGCGGCAAGGCUCGCAUUUGCAUCGUUGGUGGAUACGACGAUUUCGGUGAGGAGGGUGCGUUCGAGUUCGCGCAGAUGAAGGCGACGAGUGACUCGGUGAAGGAGACUGGAAUGGGUCGUGAGCCCAAGGAAAUGUGCCGUCCGUGCUCGACGACGCGUGGUGGCUUCAUGGAGAGCCAUGGCGCUGGUAUUCAGCUGCUGAUGGAUGCCCAGCUCGCGCUUGAAAUGGGUCUGCCGAUCUAUGGUAUUGUGGCGCUGACGAAUACGGCAACGGACAAGAACGGCCGCUCUGUGCCGGCUCCUGGUCAGGGCAUUCUGACGACGGCGCGCGAGGCUACGUCGGACAACUCGAAGCCUUCCCCGCUGCUGGACGUGGAGUUCCGUCGCCGUCAGUUCGACGACGAGCUGGAGAGCAUUGAGAAGUGGUAUGCGCGUGAGAAGGCGUUGAUCGACGGGGACGAGUCUCGUGUGGCGUUCCUGGAUGAGAUGAAGGUGCGCAAGGUGCAGGCCGCUCAGGCAAUGUGGGGAGAAGGUUUCUACCAUGGCCGCACGGACAUUGCUCCUCUUCGCGGUGCGCUGAACGUGUGGAACCUGGAUAUCGACGACCUGGGCGCUGCUAGCUUCCACGGCACGGGUACCAAGGCCAACGACAAGAACGAGAGCGAGGUGACGCACAAGCAGAUGGCUCACUUGGGCCGCUCUGCGGGCAACCCGCUUCCGGUGAUCUGCCAGAAGAACCUGACGGGCCACCCGAAGGGUGCCGCUGCUGCGUGGAUGCUGAACGGCCUGCUGCAGGUGCUGAACACGGGCUUGAUCCCGGGCAACCGUCAGCUGGACAACACGUGCGCGACGCUGCGCAAGUACGACCACCUCGUGUACCCGAACCGUAGCUACCAGACGGUGGGCAUCAAGGCUGUGCUGAUGAAGAGUUUCGGCUUCGGCCAGGCCGGUGGCGAGGUGGUGCUGGUGCACCCGGACUACUUGCUGUCGACGCUGGGUGCUGAGGAGUUCCAGCACUACUCUGCUCGUCGCGAGCAGCGUCUGAUCAAGAUGAACACGCACGUGCAGGGCGUGAUCACGGGCAAGCAGGCGCACAUCCAGGUGAAGAACGAGGCGCCGUACUCGUCGGCGCAGGAGAGCAACGUGUACCUGGACCCGACGGCCCGCGCGGAGUACGACGCGACGUCCAAGACGUGGCGUUUUGGCGGCGCGGACUCGCUCACUGCGGAGGAGAACCGCCGCCAGCGCGCGGAGAAGCGCGCGAAGAAGGCGAAGGCUGCUGCGGAAGCGGCGGCGGCGGCCUCGAAGAAGACCACGGAGACGCACUCGGCCGACUCGUCGUCGACGCUAUUGACUGCCAUCAACCAAGCGGCGACCGACCUGGGUCUGGCGUCCAAGAACAUGGGCAUGGGUGUGGACGUGGAGCCGGUGGCCACGUUCGAGAACCUGAAUGGCCGCGAGGACUUCAUCCGCCGCAACUUCACGGACCAGGAGAUGGCGUACUGCUACAGCGCGCCGCACCCGGCCGCGAGCUUCGCGGGUCGCUGGGCCGCCAAGGAGGCUGUGAUCAAGGCCAUCUCGAGCUCUUCGCCGACGGAGCCGAACCUGUGGAAGGGAGCUGGCGCCCCGCUGCGCGAGAUCGAGAUCUUCAUGACGGCGUCAGGCGCUCCGUCCGUGCUGCUGUCGGGCUACCCGCUGCAGGUGUUCAACCGUCUGAGCUUGUCGAAGCUGAGCGUGUCGAUCAGCCACUCGGGCGACUUCGCGGUGUCCCAGGCUGUUGCCAGCUUCCAGCAGGAGUAAGCCCUCGUGACAUAGGUAGUUUUCAUAUUGCACUAUUGCAUGUUUCAUGCUGUAUAUACCGCUGCGUAAUUAACUUUGUAGAACAGGAAUUGCAUCCCUUUGCAUUAUCAUUG